AUUCGUGGAUCUAAGGCUCCAGAACUGAUAUCGUCGUCGCAGGUCGAACCAACCGGCGAGCCUGCAGCUGUUCCUGUUCCCGGCGCUGCCGCAAGUGGCAGCGGUGGUAGCGGUGGAGGCGCCGGUGGAGGAACAGGAGAGACUGCAAAUUCGCAGAGAUCUAUCUCCACUCCUUUUCUCACCAAAACCUACCGGCUUGUCGAUGAUCCGGACGUCGAUGAUCUGAUUUUGUGGAACGAAGAUGGAUCCGUGUUCAUCGGAUUCAGGAAAGUGGUGCCAGACCGAUGGGAAUUCGCCAACGAUUGCUUCAAAAGAGGAGAGAAAGCUCUGCUCUGGGACAUCCAACGCGGUAAAAUCGUCGUUGCUGCUGCUGCCCCCUCUCCGACGGCGGCAGCGACGGUGGCCGCGAUUCCGACGGUUGUGAGGACCAUCUCCCCUUCCAAUUCCGGAGAGGAGCAGGUGAUUUCAUCCACGUCCUCGCCUGUGGCGAACGCAAUCCUGCGGACGACGAGCUGCACGACGACGCCAAAGCUUCUGAAGGAGAACGAGAUGAUGAGGAGGAGAACACGCAGCUGA